UGGGGGAGGGAAGGGAGGGAGAGCCUAGAGGAGACUGAAUAUUGAAUACUGAAGGAGAGCUCACUGUUCCGGACCGGCCGAACAAAUCCCACCGCCCACCUAUCCCAUCCACACACCACCCAGCACCCCGCACCCCGCAGCAAUGGCACCCCGCGCGCACCCCCUCCCAGCGCCCAUCCCGCUCGCGCACGCCCUAGCCGACGCACACAAAAACGGCUGGAACGACGAUACGGACGACACGGACUCAGACGACGACGACCGGCGAUGGCGGCGCCCCUCCAGCACCUCCACCCCCACGGGCACGUCCGCCGCCGACCUUGCCAACGGCAACGGCGUCCCCACCGGCGCCUCGCUAGUCUCCUCCGGCAACAACAACGAGAAUAGUAUCCACCCCGUGGCGAUAAUCCUGCCCGUGCUCGCGGGCGUAGCCCUGCUGCUACUGGCCAUAGGCGGGUUCAUGAUCUGGCGGCGCCGCAGGCGCGCCGCCGCCGCCGCUGCUGCUGCCGCAGACGGGAGCAUGGGGACGGAGACGGAAAUGAGUGUUGCUGCGUCUGCUGCUGAGAGCACGGCGAACCUCCGCGGCGGAGCGGGCGCGGGCGGCACGGCAGCGUAUGGCGAGAAGUACUACCCCGGCCCCCCCGGCGCCGAGAUCCCGCCGCGGUAUGAGGACUCCCAGCGCGACCGGAGCGUCAGUGUCAGCACUGUGAGCCGCCAUGAGGACCCGUUUGCCGAUCCGUAUGAGCGCGGGCUAGACCACAGCCAUGGGCAUGGGAAUCGGGAUGAGGAUGAUACGCCCGUUAGUCCUGUCAGUGAGACUGCUGCCGAGAGGGGCGUCGUCGCCGAUGGGUAUAGACAUGAGGGGCGGUAGGUGCGCGUAUGGGGAGGAGGGAAGGGGGAGUCGCUGAGGGGUGGGAACUUGGAUGGCGUUUUUUUGGUUUUGGUUUUGGGUUGGUUUGGGAUGUGGAUGGCGGUGCGGUAGGUGUUGGUAAUACGUUAUCUACUUUUAUCUACUUUGCUUGUGCGGAUGGAUGGGUGGAAGGAUGGAUGGACGGACGGUUUAUUCAUGAGUUAUGUGCCUGUGAUGGAGUAUCACGAUUCAUCAGACCGUGAGUAGUGAGCAGUGAGUAGUGAGCAGUGAGGAGGGCGGGGCGAUCCCAGUGCUCGCCCGGUUGAAGUUGGGGAAUGACUAUCCGCCGCUCUCGAAAUGAUGAAACAGGGCUCGUAUCUAUGAUAUGCCGACGCCUUCUUCACUUUUCACUAGAUACCAGUAGCCUCUGCAGAUACCGCCGCCUUCUUCACUUUUCACUAGAUACCAGUAGCCUCUGCAGAUACCGCCGCCUUCUUCACUUUUCACUAG